CCUGACUUGUGCUUCAGAUGAGAAAUUUUUUGCCCAUUUUGCUCUGAACAAGAAGGGACUAAACCCAGUUAAAUCUCUCUCUCUCUCUCUCUCUCUCUCUCUCUUGACGUUGAUGAUGAUUUUGUUGGAAUCGGAAACUUCUUCCUGACCAUUUCGUGGCCAACAAUAACCGACUACUUAGCUGCUUCUGUUUUUUUUUUCCCAGAUAUUUCAUCCAGUGCCUACAUCAUUCUUGACGAAUAUCUAUACAGUUUGAUAAAAUGUCUCAAUGAAGGAAACCUUUAGUUUUGGAGCUUCAACAAGCCUUUGGGGAUUUUUGAACUGAGUUUAUGACGCUAGAGCUUGAGAAGAAUCAUGGUUGGAAAAUGAUAAGGAAGCAUAAUAUGGCUAAACAAGUUCAAACCUUUUUCCUUGAAGAAUGGCUGAGGAGCAACAGUGGUAGCAGCAUCAAUAUCAUCUCGAGAAGUUCUUCCUCUCCUGCCCGAGCCAUAAUUCAAGCAUGGGCUGAUCUUAGAGACUCCCUUCAACAUCAAUCAUUUCGUCCCCAUCACCUUCAGUCUCUGAAGACGCUGCUUAACAGCCAAGCCUCCCUUUAUGUUGCAGACCCCCAAGCAAAGCUUCUCAUUUCCAUUCUAUCCUCGACAAACAUCUCUUCUCCUCCUGAAUCUUAUCCUCUAUUUCUCAGGCUUCUUUAUAUCUGGGUCAGGAAAUCCUCUAGACCAUCUCCAGUACUAAUUGAUUCUGCUGUUAAGAUUCUCUCACACCUUUGCUCUUCUCAGUGUAAUUCUGAUGAGAGCUCUUUCUUCUUCUCUGAAGUAGUUGUCCUCCUGGGCGCCUUUUCUUUUGCGCCUUCCAUGUCCGAAAAAUCCAAAACACUUUGCUUGGAAUUGCUCUGUAGGCUAUUGGAAGAGGAAUACCAAUUACUCAGCGCAUCUGAACAGCAUAUUCCUGAUGUUCUUGCAGGGAUUGGGUACGCUCUAUCUUCUUCUAGGAAUGUUUUUGUUGUCAGAAUUCUGGACUCUUUGUUUGGAAUUUGGAAUAGGGAAGAUGGACCUUCUGGUAAUGUUUCUCACGGGCUCAUGAUACUACAUUUGAUUGAAUGGGUUUUGUCUAAUUUCAUCAGUUCACAGUCUUUGGAGAGAGUUGAUGUCUUUACCAAAGAGGUUUUAGAGACUUCAAAUCCGAAUCAUGCUUCAUUUGCCAUGGUCAUGGGUGCAGCUGGAGCUCUGAGGGCUUCCAGUAGAUCUGUAUCAAAUGCUCUAAAGCAACUAAAAAUAUCUGCAGAGGAAAGGAUUGAAGCUGUAGCAAGAGUGUUGAUUUCUGGAACAAGAGGUUUCACUAAUUCGAGUAAUAAUCCUGAAAACAGUCUUCUCCUGAAGUGCAUUUCAUUAGCUUUGGGUAGAAGCGGUUCUGUUUCUUUCCGGGCUCCUCUGCUUAUAUGCCUUGCUUCAGCAUUGUUGACUGAAAUAUUUCCUUUACAAUCUUUGUAUACAAGGGUUCUUCAAUACCAACAUGGAAAUUUGGCACAAUUGGGGCCUAAUGAGAUCAAAGAACAUCUUAGCAGUGUUCUUUUUAAGGAAGCAGGGGCCAUAACUGGUGUUUUCUGCAAUCAGUAUGCCUCAGCUGAUGAAGACAGCCAAAGUAUAGUGGAGAAUCUAAUUUGGGACUACUGUCAAGAUACCUACUUGGGACAUCGGCAAGUUGCUUUAUUCCUCCGAGGUAGGGAGGAUGAGUUACUAGGGGACCUGGAGAAGAUUGCCGAAUCUGCUUUCCUUAUGGUUGUAGUUUUUGCAUUGGCUGUCACAAAGCACAAGUUAGAUUCAAAAUUUACCCUGGAAUUGCGGAUGGAUAUUUCUGUAAAGAUAUUAGUUUCAUUUUCUUGCAUGGAGUAUUUUCGGAGGAUGCGGUUACCAGAAUACCUGGAUACAAUUAGAGCAGUUGUUGUAGCCGUUCAGGAGAAUGAAUCAGCUUGUGUCUUAUUUGUAGAAUCCAUGCCUUCUUAUUCUGACUUGACAAAUCAACCAGGACCUUCCAGCUUGCAGACAACGGAAUAUACAUGGUCAAAAGAUCAGGUGCAGACUUCUCGGAUCUUGUUUCACCUGCGGGUUAUUCCAACUUGCAUUGAACGUUUACCUGCCUCUAAAUUUAGAAAUUUGGUAGCUCCAAUUAUGUUCUUAUAUAUGGGACAUCCUGAUGGAAAAGUAGCUCGAGCCUCGCAUUCACUGUUUGUGGCAUUUGUAUCUUCUGGGAAGGACUCUAAUGAUGAUGAAAGAGUUUUACUAAAGGAGCAGCUUGUUUUUUAUUGCAUUCAGACAUCAUUGGAGGGAUAUCCUGGGAUCACCCCUUUUGAGGGAAUGGCUUCUGGAGUUGUUGCCUUGGUUCGUCAUCUUCCCGCUGGAAGUCCGUCUAUAUUCUACACUAUCCACAGUCUUGUUGAAAAAACUCAUAACCUCUGCUGUGAAGUUAUGACUGAAGAGGCUGAUCUGUGGAAGAAUUGGCAAGAAGAAUUGGAGCCUUGUAAGAAAAUCCUAGAUUUGCUUUUAAGGCUUCUCUCCCUGGUGGAUAUACAGGUCCUACCCAGUUUGAUGAAACAGUUAGCUCAAUUGAUUGCCAUAUUCCCCAGAGAUGGCCAGAACAUGGUUCUUAAUGAUUUAUAUGCACAAGUUGCAGAAUCUGAUGAUGUUACACGAAAACCGACCUUAGUUUCAUGGCUGCAAUCAUUAUCAUACCUUUGUUCUCAAGCUAGUAGCAGUAAUGCGACAUCCAAAGGGGUGGGACUCGAAAUAAAUGCUGCUUUUGCUAGGAGUGAUGAUGUAUUAAGCUUGAAUAGAAUUAAUGCAAGGCUCUAAAAAUUAAGGUUCAGUACAGGGCUUGUUUAGUUGGUGAUUUGGGUGUAGAUUGAACAAGAUGGAAAAGAAGAUAUGGAAUGUCAUCCCAUUAGCUAUUUUUUGGUCCAUUUGGAAUCUAAGGAAUGAGUGUGUAUUUAAUGGGAGGCAACCUGUUCUUGAUGAACUUUGUGAAGCUGUUAAGGUGAGAAUUGCUUUGUGGGUUAAGUACUCAUCCUCUGCUUUGGCCUAUUCUGUGAAUAAUUUGGUUCACAACCUUCAACAAGUUAGGAUCUGCAUUGGUGGGGCUGAUGUUUGGACGGCUAAGGAGGUUAAGUAACAGAGGUGAUACAGGGGAAGGCUUGAAGUGAGGCUGCAUCUUGGUCCUUCUUGUGGUUGCUGUUGCUGUUGUUUUUUUCUGGUUUUUUUUUUCUGCUUCUUGUUUUCUUCUGUCUAUCUUCUGAGUUGGUUUCUCACCAACUUGCCUGAGCUAGUUUUUGCCUGUGUAUCUUACUUGGUGCCAACCUAGUUGGGAUUAGGUAGGUGCACAAUUUUGCUUUUG